CCGAGGCGCCAGACGGCCGCCGGCGGCGGCGCGGAGCGGCAGCAUGAGGCGGCCCAACGUUCUACUCACUGGUACUCCAGGCGUUGGGAAAACCACACUCGGGAAGGAACUUGCAUCAAGAACGGGGAUGACCUAUAUUAAUGUGGGUGACAUGGCAAAAGAAGGAGAACUGUAUGAGGGUUUUGAUGAGGAAUACGAUUGCCCGAUUUUGGAUGAAGACAGGGUAAUUGAUGAGCUAGAAGAUAAAAUGAAUGAGGGGGGAGUUAUUGUUGAUUAUCAUGGCUGUGAUUUCUUCCCUGAACGGUGGUUUCAUAUAGUAUUUGUGCUUCGCACGGAGAACUCAUUUCUGUAUGACAGACUUGAAAGCAGGGGCUACAAAGGGAAGAAGCUGCAGGACAACAUUCAGUGCGAAAUUUUCCAGACACUUUAUGAGGAAGCCGUGUUGUCAUACAAGGAGGAAAUUGUGCACCAGUUACCUAGCAACACACCAGAAGACCUAGAGAGAAAUUUGGAUCAGAUUAUGCAAUGGAUUGAGCAAUGGAUGAAGGACAACAAUUGACCUUUGACAAAAAAAUUUGUGAGACUGAUGGAAGAAUACUGCUUCAGCAUUUGGACCCUUGUGUGAACUGAAAUGGUGAGAAAUCUGGAGCUUCCAUGCAGAAUCGGGACCAAACGUUGCAGGAAGGCAUGCAUCUGUGUAUUGCUCUUCGGCAGCCGCUUUCAGGGCUAUUGCUUGAACGGGAAACGAUACAGACGUCUCUGGAUACCGCCAGUUCUUGAGAACUUGUGAAAUCGUGUUUCUGAAAGCCGCUGGGGAUUUUUGCAAAUGGGGACGGUCUGGCGGGAUACACGCAGAAUUUUGACCUUUAUUUAAAAAAAUAAA